UUCACAAGCUUUUCAUUUGCCUUUUGGUGAGGUGGGCAUCACCUUACAGGACGUAGAAGUGUUGUUGGGGUUGCCCAUCGACGGAGAACCACUGUCCGGACCUAGGACGAACUCGAAAGCACUUUGGAUCCAAAUGUGCACGGACUUCGCCGGUUUCACGCCAAACAACAACGACUUAAACACAUUUGUAAUAAGAAUGAAUGCCCUACAACGUUGGCCGGUACAUCAACAUAGCACAAAUGAGGAACUCAUCACAUACACGAGGGUGCUCAUUUGGCAACUACUAGGUGGGUUAUUGUUCCCCUCCACUACCGGGAACAAAAUAAAAAAUUGUACUUUUUAGAGUUGUUGCAGGGACCGCUCGGUGAAGCACGACGGUGGAGUUGGGGCUCAGCAGUAUUGGGGUUCCUGUAUUACAACAUGUGCAAGGCCGCCAAAGCGAACAGGAGAAAUAUUGAGGGAUGCUUGCUUCUAUUGCAGAUUUGGGCGUGGCAGAGAUUGCCCAUGGUGCGGCCGCGAAACGUUUUGCCAUAUGAGAAUCUACAGGAUAUGCCCUAUGGGUGCAGGUGGGCAUGUCGGCACAAUUGGGAACAAAGUUCUCGGUAUACUCUACGUAUUUAUCGAGAUCAGUUGGACGGGAUCCGAGAGAACGAGUUCGUGUGGCUCCCAUACGCAUUACAAGCCCUCCCCAGGUUCUGCGUCGCGGGAGUAGAUUUGUAUACAUCUAAUGUCAUGCUUAUAUAUUGUGACAUUUCUGAGAUGUACUACCCCGGUAGAUUUUGUCGUCAAUUCGGUGCAAUGCAACAUAUUCCUCCCGCAGCAGAAUCACAAGCUAGCCACCAUGCAAGUGGUGCAAAAAAUUCUGGAUGGCCAUUGACACUAUGGGCGGCGAGGCACAAUCGUCGUAUCGCAAUUGAGUUCGUUGAUCAUCCCACCUACACUCCUGCGUACCGUGAAUGGUACGCAGAUGUCGGGAAACGACGGAUUUACAAUCCGUUACAUGGUCGACCUACAACGGGUUAUGUAACUACUAACAGGGAGACAAGUACACUAAUGCAAUGUAUGGGCGAUAUCUAUCGGCGCAUGGCAGCUCCAUUUGACGUCGAAGACAUCCGCGAGCAAAUUGCACGAUGCCUUACAGGAUUAGGUGCCGAGAAUGUGCUUCAUCAAGACAUCAUUUUCUAUGGGGAUGCCCAUGAUGAUGCAAUGGAUGAUCAUCCUCCACUUCGGCAAGACCGUAGAAGAGUCGCGGCCACUAGAGGUCGGCGUUACGAACGCGGUUAUGUUGCUCCACACGUCGACAAUGAUGAUGGUGAUGAUGAUAAUCACGAUGAUGAUAAUGAUGAUGAGGAGGAGGAGGAAGAGGAUGGCGAAGAUGGUGGUGAAGAAGAAGGACAACCAUCUUCACAUAUUCAUUCACACAUCCCUUCCCCAUCUCAUGUACCUAAUCAAUACUCUACAUCGACUAGUGCAUACAUUUCGACGUUUGAUGCGUCAACGUUUAUUCCACAUGUACAACCUACAUAUGAGACACGUCCCACCUUUUUAAAUUCACCAAUUGAUUGGUUGAACAACUUAUUAGGAUCAGAUGUACAGAGUGGGAUGGGGCAAGAAGCAGGACCAAGCACACAACCGCCAAUUGAACAUAGGCUGAGACGGGAUAUACAUUCUCGACGCUGUGGGACAGGGAGUCACUUCGUGGUGCCAGGUCGACACUAUGAAUCUGAUGAAUCAGAAUAGUUGUAUGUAAUUAGUUUUAUCAAUUAUGAAUUGAAUUUGUACUUUUAAAUUAUCAAUCGAAUUUGAUAUUA